UUAAGUGUUGGAAAAGCGGUUGCUACAGUUUCCCCGGAAACCAGUAAACUAAGCGUUUCCAUGGAAACCGGGUAAUCCCGAAACCGACGCGUACAGCAGGUUUGGAUACCUUCUUAAGUCAUCAUAUCGUCAUCCAGAAUCCAUUUAUUGGAUAACCAUAGAACCAUGAGAAGAAUCUUUGCUGAGGAUCCAAACUGGUCCCUGGAGUUGGUUCCCAGAUUAUCCAUCAGGUGUCUGGAGACCAUUAUAAACACCUUUGGCGAAACGCAAAUAUUUGAACAACUCACACCCAAGCAGAAAGAUUUCGUUCAGGAGAGGCUGUCUCCUUCGCUGCCUCUGCAUGUGACUGCCGACGUGAUCCCUGAUGGCGUUUACUGGAAGCGGUGCUGCGAGCAGAGGUGGGACGUCUGUGACGUCUUUGAUUAUGGCGGCAGCUGGAAACGGAUGUUCUUCGAGAGGCACUUGGAAAACAUGAUCGAACUUUUCAUCCCAGGUGUAACAGAGCUGAAGACGGUUCUCAGCAUACUCCCUUUUUGUAAAAGUCAUGUCAGGAGGUUAAACAUCUCACAGCUGCUGCUGCCUGUUAAGAAGCCUCCAAAGGGGAAGAUGGAUAAGCAGUUAGAAUCAGGCUUGGAUAUUAACAUUGAGGAACAUGAGGCCUCUAUGGACCACUUUGACUUUGGCCCUGUCUUAGAUCAGCUGAUAAACCUGGAAGAUCUCCACUUGCAGUACAGAAUCAAACAAUGUGGAUUGAACUUUGAAUGGUCAAUGUUUGAAAUAACUGACAGAGACUGUAGAUCCCUGGGCAUGGCUCUUAAGUUCAGUAAAACUCUGAAGCGUCUGAGGCUUCGUCAAAGCCAGGUUGAGGCUAAAAAGUGUUGCCUGCUGGUGAGAGCCCUUUGGGACCACUCCUCCCUGAGAGAGCUCGACUUAGCUCACAACGUGAUUGGAGACGGUGGGGCCACAGCUGUCAGCGAGCUACUCACCAGAAGCAAACUGGAGAAACUCAACUUGUGCAACAACAAAAUCGGCGACCUAGGAGCCAAAGCGAUAGCUCAGGCUAUGUCAAACAACUGCAUUCUUUCGUCCCUUAACCUGCGUCUGAACGUGGUGACAGAUCAAGGGGGCCAGGACAUCGCCAAGGCCUUAGAGAACAACAGGACCCUGAGGGACUUACACCUAGGAGGCAAUAAGUUGACCUGGUUAACUGCAGUUGAAUUCUCCAAAGUGCUGCAAAAGAAUACAACUCUGAAGAGCAUCAACCUGACCUGCAACAAGCUCGGAGAGGCUGGAGGUAAAGCUUUGGCAGAGGCGAUGUCUUACAACAGCACUCUAACAGAAUGCGAUAUCCGCCAGACAGACGUUGAUGAGCAGAGUGCUGCCUCCAUUAACCAGGCGGUGUGGGCCAAUCAGAGUGCAGAGUGGGACAAGCAAGCUCAGCAAGGGAGAGCAGGAAACUCCAUCAGUACUUAGUAUAAACCUGCAAUCGUCAGUUACUGAGUCUACAACCACCCCAUACAAGGACGUUUAUAUUCAGGAGCCACAGCAUUUCAGAGGAUACCCCAUCACCACAGCAUCAGAAACAAGCAUUGUGUUAUACAGAAGCAUGUAGUAAAAUAUAUUUUUCUCUCUUUAUUAGAGAAAUAGAUUAAGAGGCAGAAUUCCCUGGAAAAAAGUUACAGAAAAAUGUCUUGAAACUUUUCCACAUUUUGUCUCAACCUUUAAAGUAUUUUACUAGAAUACCAAGUAACAUAUAAAUGUGAAGUGGCAGAAAUGUUAUGAUUCUCAAUAUAUAUAACAAAUAAAAAGCUUGAUGGGUGGCCAUGCAUUGAUAUAGUGCUUCUGAUAGCCUUAUACAUAAGAGAGACAGAGCACCUGUGUAUAAUUUAAUCUCAAUAUGGAUGCAGCUCUUUGUCAAAGGACUAAGAGCUUUGUUAGAAAGCACUAGACAACUAGUGAAGCAGAAAAAUAUAUCAUAAAAUCGGGUGAACGGUUGUUUAAAGCAGGAUUCUUUGACAAUCCAAUAGGAAAUCUCUUUAUCCGUAAAAGAAAAGGACUAAGUCAAAACUGCAAACCUACUAAAACAUGUUAAUCCACCUUGAAUUAGAACCCAGGUGGACUGAAAACAUACAAAAAAUGUAAUCUCUGUAGUAAAUAAUGAUGGUGCCAACAUCCUAAUAUAGGGUUUUACUAAGAGUUGAUGGAAAGGUGAAAAGUAAAGCAACCCAGGACAUGUUUUUGACUUAAGAUAGUGGGGAUGGUUCGCCUUCUAGCAGGACAAUAACCAGAUUACGAUAAAUAGUUAAGCAAAGUCAUAAAACCUUACAAGAAUGUGAAAUAGGAAGAGAUUAGAUGUGCAGUGCAGACAAAUUGAGCAACCACAGAUAACAGUAGAACACUAGUUUUUGUGAUCAUUUUCCUUUAUUAAAUUUUUUAUGCGGUUUGAAACUGUUUUUUUGGUAUUAAGUCCUCAUGUUACAUCAAGGCAGCUUUGUGGUGAUACUAAAAUACAUAACAGAUGUUUUAAACAUACAAUAUUAAGCA